CUGUUUCCCGGGGGGCGGUGACACCCCGGAUUACAUCCUUUUCCCCCCUUCCCCCCCGCACCAGGCCGAGGGGAACGUUGGCUCCCCCCUGGAAGAUUCCAGGUUCCAGAUUCUUCACUGCGGCGGCCUCUCUGCCGAGAACAGCAACCCUCCAGGCGUCCUGCGGCCACACCCUGGCGGGCCCAGGCUGGCUACGCCCACGCGGCCCCCUCCAGUCCUGCCGGUGUGGCCAAUGGAGGAGCUACGAAUGGCACGACCUGCCCCAGCUUGGCAGUCCCCGGUCGCACCGGGCUUGGACGCCUGGGAAGACUUUGUUGGAAGGGGAGGCGGGGAGAGGGUGCUGCACCCAUGCCAGCCUCUCUCUUUCCCUGGAGUCGCCGAACCACAGCACAGCCAAUUGGCUCAGAGAUGUGGCGGGUUGCCGGUUCCCUAUGGGUCUAUGCGGCACUCUUCUGCCUAGUGACUGACACUUUGGAAAUGAAGCUUAUGACGUCACCGGUCCAGCCAACCAAUAGAAAACGCUCCCGCGGAGAGGUGUUCCUCCCCUUUCGACUUUGCUUCUUCACGCGCGUGAGCGAGCGUGCGCGCGCGGAGGGGGUGGGGGAAAUCUCGAGCACGGUGGCGCGCAUGAGCGGCGAGGCUCCUCCUCCCUGCCUAUAUAUAAAGGGCUGGCGCGGGCCUCGGCGGCGCCAUUUCGCGCUGGAGUGGAGCAGCCUCUAGAACGAGCUGGAGGAUUCUGCCUACUGAUAGAGAGCUUUCGAGUCGUCGGGGACCGCCAUUGCAAUCCACGUCCAUCCGUUUGGAAAUGGCCUUCGUCUCGGCCUAUGACCGGUCCCGGCGGACAGUACAGACCCCAUAGAAGCCCCCGACGCUCCCCUUUUUCGGGCCCCGCCCAAUCCUCGGAGUCUGUCCACCCCCUCUACUCCGCCCUCAAGAGGAUUUCAAAGAUGGAGGCGGCGGCUCCCUAAACCACUUUUCGUGUUCAUCCGCCUCCAUCCGAGAUCGAAACGGGACCUCGUCCGCUGCGGGCAGUCCCAGCAGGAAGAGGGGAUCCUUGCAGAUCAACAGCGGGCAGUAUUGACGACGGUGUCCGGGAUUGGGGGCCGUCCUAGUGUUUGAGGAGUCCGUCCCCCCCUCGUUCGCCCGCCUCUGCUGAGGCCGCCGCCAUUUUCUCGCUGUCCGCCGCCUGCGGAGCGCGCCAAGCUGCUGGGAGCUCGCGGAGAAGACUGCUUUCGUGCCGGCCGGGCGCGGGGGCGGGGGGGAGGUUGUCGUCUGGAGGGCCAAGGGCAACGGCCCUCCACCCCUCCCCUACUUCCCGGGUUAUGCUGGACCGGGAGGUAAGGGGAACCGAGGCCACCCGGACUUCACGCGGCUGAGGGCAGCGCCGGUUCCCCGUGGUCAAGAUGCUGCAAAACGUGACUCCCCACAGCAAGCUCCCUGGGGAGGGGAAUGCAGGGUUACUGGGGCUGGGCCCAGAGGCAGCAGCUCCAGGGAAGAGGAUUCGAAAGCCCUCUCUGUUGUAUGAGGGAUUUGAGAGCCCCACAAUGGCUUCAGUGCCGGCUUUACAACUGACCCCUGCCAACCCACCACCCCCGGAGGUGUCCAAUCCCAAAAAGCCAGGACGGGUUACCAACCAGUUGCAAUACCUGCACAAGGUGGUGAUGAAGGCUCUGUGGAAACACCAGUUUGCAUGGCCCUUCAGGCAGCCUGUGGAUGCCGUCAAACUGGGUCUGCCGGAUUAUCACAAAAUUAUAAAACAGCCUAUGGACAUGGGUACUAUUAAAAGGAGGCUUGAAAACAACUAUUAUUGGGCUGCCUCAGAGUGUAUGCAGGAUUUUAACACCAUGUUCACCAAUUGUUACAUCUACAACAAGCCCACUGAUGAUAUUGUCCUAAUGGCACAAACGUUGGAAAAGAUCUUCCUACAGAAAGUGGCAUCUAUGCCACAAGAGGAACAAGAGCUUGUGGUGACCAUCCCUAAGAACAGCCACAAGAAGGGGGCCAAAUUGGCAGCACUCCAGGGUAGCCUCACCAGUGCCCAUCAGGUGCCUGCUGUUUCUUCUGUGUCUCACACAGCCCUGUAUACUCCACCACCUGAGAUACCUACCACUGUCCUCAACAUUCCCCACCCGUCAGUCAUCUCUUCUCCCCUUCUCAAGUCCUUACACUCUGCUGGACCCCCGCUCCUUGCUGUCUCUGCAGCUCCCCCAGCCCAGCCCCUUGCCAAGAAGAAAGGCGUAAAGCGGAAAGCAGAUACUACCACACCUACUCCUACAGCCAUCCUGGCUCCUGGUUCCCCAGCUAGCCCCCCUGGGAGUCUUGAGCCCAAGGCAGCACGUCUUCCCCCUAUGCGUAGAGAGAGUGGUCGCCCCAUCAAGCCCCCACGCAAGGACUUACCUGACUCUCAGCAGCAACACCAGAGCUCCAAGAAAGGAAAGCUGUCAGAACAAUUAAAACAUUGCAAUGGCAUUUUGAAAGAAUUGCUCUCUAAGAAGCAUGCUGCCUAUGCCUGGCCUUUCUAUAAACCAGUGGACGCUUCUGCUCUUGGUCUGCAUGACUACCAUGACAUCAUUAAGCACCCCAUGGACCUCAGCACUGUCAAGCGGAAGAUGGAGAAUCGUGAUUACCGGGAUGCACAGGAGUUUGCUGCUGAUGUGCGGCUUAUGUUCUCCAACUGCUAUAAGUACAAUCCCCCAGACCACGAUGUCGUGGCCAUGGCACGAAAGCUACAGGAUGUAUUUGAGUUCCGUUACGCCAAGAUGCCAGAUGAACCACUGGAACCAGGGCCUUUACCUGUGUCUACUGCCUUGCCACCUGGGUUGGCCAAAUCCUCUUCAGAGUCCUCCAGCGAGGAAAGCAGCAGUGAGAGCUCUUCUGAGGAAGAAGAGGACGACGACGAGGAGGAUGAGGAGGAAGAAGAGAGUGAAAGCUCGGAUUCUGAGGAAGAAAGGGCUCAUAGAUUGGCUGAACUACAGGAGCAGCUCCGGGCAGUACAUGAACAACUGGCUGCCCUGUCUCAAGGCCCAAUAUCCAAGCCAAAGCGGAAGAGAGAAAAAAAAGAGAAAAAGAAGAAACGGAAGGCAGAGAAGCAUCGAGGCCGAGCUGGGCUUGAUGAAGAGGACAAGGGACCUCGGGCACCCCGCCCGUCUCAACCCAAGAAGUCCAAGAAAGCAAGUGGUGGUGGGGGUGGCAGUGCUGCUACACUGGGCCCUUCCGGCUUUGGACCAUCUGGAGGAAGCGGCAGCAAACUGCCCAAAAAGGCCUCGAAGACAGCCCCACCUGCCCUGCCUACAGGCUAUGAUUCAGAGGAGGAGGAAGAAAGCAGACCCAUGAGUUACGAUGAAAAGCGGCAGUUGAGUUUGGACAUCAACAAAUUACCUGGGGAGAAACUUGGUCGAGUUGUGCACAUAAUCCAGGCUAGAGAGCCUUCUUUGCGUGACUCAAACCCAGAAGAGAUAGAGAUUGAUUUUGAAACCCUCAAACCAUCCACGCUUAGAGAGCUUGAGCGCUAUGUUCUCUCCUGUCUACGAAAGAAACCUCGGAAACCCUAUACCAUUAAGAAACCUGUGGGAAAGACAAAGGAGGAGCUGGCUUUGGAAAAGAAGCGGGAAUUAGAAAAGCGGUUACAAGAUGUUAGUGGGCAGCUCAAUUCCACCAAAAAGCCCCCCAAGAAAGCAAGUGAGAAAACAGAGUCCUCCUCGGCACAGCAAGUAGCAGUGUCACGCCUCAGCGCUUCCAGCUCCAGCUCAGAUUCCAGCUCCUCCUCUUCAUCAUCCUCUUCUUCAGACACCAGUGAUUCAGACUCAGGCUAA